AUGCCACUUCCAAUCCGCACAACUGGCAUCCGGACCAAGUUUGCCGUCAAAUCGAAGCACGGAGAUGUGUUCGUCAAUUCGUUCAUCGCAAAAGAUGGCGUCAAUGAAGUUGGCAAGGUGGAGGAGGGGCGUUCCACAACGCCCGAAACACGGCCUGGCGAGCGAGCCAACGAGAAGGUCAACGCUGCUGCUCAAGGAGCCACCAAUGGACGGCAGGGGCCUGCGCAGGUUCUGAAACUCUCCUUGAACCGUGACCCGGCGCUGAGAGGCAUCUGCUAUGCUACAGUGCAGCAGCAGCAACAGGGUGCCACCGUCGCUGUCCCUUGUCGCUGUGGAAGCGCCACACGCCACGGCCGAGUGCACCUCACCGCACCCCUGUACAGCCUGUACUCCUCCUCGUGGGCCACCCCACGUGCCAGUGAUACCCCUCUCCAGCAGAUCAUGCCAGCAUCGCCAGCCUUCUGCUUGGUGCUGUUGGUGUUGCUACUCGUCACCUUCCUCUUCAACACCGGCGCGCAAGAGCACUCAGAAGACCCAAACAAUGCAUCCAUCUACAUUGACGAGGCUGGUCACAUGGUGUUUGAGGACAGUGAGGGGCAGGUGUCGCUGAAGGACCUGCUGCAGGCACUGGGAACACUUCAACAGAGCGUGUCCACGCUGCAGAACGACAACGCUGGGUUGAGAAACCAAAACAGCCAGCUGGAGGCUCGGUUGAUGACUGUGGAAGAACAGCAGCAGCAGCAGCAGCAGCCAGAGCCAUGCAUUGCCUUCACGGCAAAGACGGCCAUGACAACACCUGGCACGUUCAAUGUUUCUCUGUCUUUCACGCAAGGCACCAACCUCCCACGCAACGUGUCUCUCUACAUCGAAGUCGGUGGUGGAGGCGGGGCGGGUGCUUCGGCGGGCUGUUCCACCUACAACCAAGCCGGCGCAUCCACCUCAUUGGUGCAGCCCUCGGCAGCCACGACAUGGCUAUCCGCAACCGGUGGAGACGCCGGCAAGUACACAGCCGCGUUCGGUGUUGGCCAUGGCUAUGGCGACGAAGGACCAAUUCGCAUGGUUGGACGCGGCGGCGAUGGUGGCGGUGGCAGCAGCUACAUGGACUACACCAGCCAUAAUGGUGGAAACGGCGGCUACGCAGCCGGCGUGUUUCAAGUGGACUCCGCCUGGUCACGCAUCUCGAGGCUGUUGUUGGAAUAG